AUGAAGCUUGUAUUGUUUGUCGCUUUGGUGGUCUUGUGUGGAUUUGCAGUAGCAGAUGUGUUUUCUCAGCUUCAGUUUAUGAAGAUCAUCUCACCUACCAGUGGACAAACAGUAGCAGCUGGAGACAAAUUAACUAUUAAAUAUGCCAUGCAACCCUUAGUCUAUAAACAAACAUCCAAUGGUUAUGCUACAUCUUUGGUUCUCAAUUUCCAUAAACGCUCGGGAAAUACCAAGCAAGGUCUACUUGAGAACAUUAGUCCCAACUGUCCUAUCGCAGCUGAACAAUCCAAAUUUAAGACUUAUACCAAACAAUGGACCGUACCAGCCAAUACUGCUCCUGGAUCUUAUGCCCUUGAUUUUGUCGAAACUGUGCAACUUCGCAGAGGAAAAUUAACUGCCUCAGAAACUGUAAAAAUUACCAUUGUUGAUUAA